GGUGCUGAAGAAGCAAACGGCAGCUCAGUUGGAGUGUAUCCGACGACAAGAUGAAGCCGAUGGCUAUCACAAGAAGCUCAUCGAACAGCAUCAAAGCUUUCUGAAGGCCAAACAAGACAUGGAGUGGCUUCUUCGAUGGCAAGGAGAGCACAAUUGCAAUGAGCAGCUGGUGGAUAUCAUGUUCAAUGCCCCAGAGGAGCAUUUGGAAGUCUCGGGGGCAGCCUCAGGUGCGAAUUGCCAAAAGGUCUGCACCUUAAACGGCUUCGAUGGCUUCUCUUGGAGUCGUCAAGGGGGAUGUAUCCUGAAAUCCUUAGGUCAAAGUGUCAGUUUCCAGGCGGUCCACAGCGAAGGAAGCUACUCAGGCUAUGCCUGCUCACAGCAGGCCACCUACCUUCCCUGGAUCACUGACGAGGCACAGAAGCACACGCUCUAUGAUGGCAUGACGAGUACCGCUGCCCCCGGUGUAACGUUGCCACAGAGCACCUUCUGCUUCAUGUUACUCCAGCCCUACAGCGAUGAUGUGAAGUUGGUAUCAGAACAAUCUCGUUUGGGCAAAGGAAUCUUCAGCUGUGAUCAUUCAGCUGUCUACAGCAGUCAGCAGCUGGAACUGCCCAGCGGCCUCAAGACGAGAAAGAUCUAUUCGUCACAGAUGGCGGAGAAGGGCGGGCAGUGGAAUGUCGAGCUCAACACCGAUGUGACGAUGGCGCUGUUCCGAGAGGUCUUGAAGGACCCUGAGUGGCGACAGGCCAGAUGGAUGAUCUUCGUGGAUCCGCAGUGUGUCUUUUCGGCGCCCAAGUUGCAUCGGCUCUUGGCACGCCAGGGGCUCGUGGAUACGCUGGCCUUUUUGGUGUCGCCAUCCGUGGGAUUUCCCAGUUACUUUCAGGUGAUGUCUCAGAGUGCGCUGAAGACCUUGGCCGAGAAGAGCCGCGCAUGUUAUUGGCAGAUGCGAUAUUGGGGAGACACUCAAUACCACGACUCCAUGUGGCUAGAUACGUGUUUGAAACAGACCGUGAACGCCAGGCGGGUCGAAGUAUCUGAACUCGUUGGCACGACAAAAGGUUGCCACCAUUCACAUGUUGCUGCCUGGCCCAUGGAAACCGUUGAUGCACAAAGGAAGUGCUACAUGUGAGAGGAAUCUGGGGAUCCAGUUACUGACGCUGAAUGAGGUUCCUGGAUGCUGUUUUUUCAGGGACAGCAUCUGUUUAACCUGAAAACUGCCCAGAGUUUUUUUGGUUGUUUUUGAGACACCCCUGAUUAAGAGUUGGGCUCAGGGCUGCUAUCCAAUUUU